AUGUUGGCCACUUCAGACAGAAAGUGCACAGAGUUUUAUGUGGAAAGGUGUGAGAUAAAACACUUUGGAUUUGGGGAAGAGGAAUUGGAAUAUGUGCUGAACACAUACUGCUUCAAAAUUAUUUCGCUGGCUGCUAACUGCUUGGAAUAUCUUGAAGUUAUGAAAGGUGCUAUAGAGAUAAAAGGCUUAUUAUGUCAGGAUAUCAGACUCAUUAAUGAAUCUGCACUGUUUAUCUUCCUUGUGGUAAAUCUGAGUGCAAUUGGACUGCAGCAGUGGCUAAAAUCUCAAGAGAUCCCACAGAGGGUCCAGGCUAUUCUGCAAAGAAUAAAUGUUUUAAUUAGGACUCCAGAAUUUGGAAUGAAUGAUUUUUGUUACGAACUGUACAAUCCUUCUUUGGAUUCCAUAUGUCUCCAAUGGACCUACAGAGAUGGGCAAUUGGUAAAUCUGCCUACUAAUUUGCUUGUAGAGGGAGAUAUUAUAGCCCUGAGACCAGGCCAAAAAGCACCAACAUCUCUUAGAGGAAUUGAGGAUGAAGAACAUGUGAUCUUAGAUAGGGAUGAUAUCUUUUGCCAGUUCUCCUCUCCACCAUCGCCAGUUCAGAACAAAAGAUCACACACCCACAGCCUUCUGAAACCUCAUCCUUUCAAAGUAACUAAAACACCUAUGGUUGAGAAUAUCCAGCGGUGCCUUGAAUUGGGACAACAAAGACCUGUGACUGUACUGAAUAACGAACGCUUCACUGCUCAAAGGCUUCUCCAGAAGUACAUUGCUCCAAUGGUUUUGGUGGUGUUACUGAUUAUCAAUGGUCUACGGUUUGUAAUUGGUACUCCAGGGAUAGGUUCAUGGCAAGUUACCCUUCUACAACUCCAGGUAAACAGUGUUCUCCCGUUAUUGCCUCUAUCAUUUCCCAUAAUUUGGUUUCUAGUCAAUAUCUAUGGUGAAGCUCAGAUGGUUGCCUUGUUACUAAAGCCUACAGCAAAUUUUAAGGAAAAUUGGAUUGAAACAUGGAGAAUGUUCUGGGCUACCAUACGAGGAAGAGCUCCUGCCCUAUGUCAAACUUCUAGUCUCCUCCACAAUCUUGGUUCCAUUACAGUGCUUUGUUGUGUGGAUAAACAAGGAAUCCUCUCCUGGCCCAGCUCUUGCCCGGACAAAGUCUUUUUCUUCACUGAUGCAUGGCGUCGAGCCAAGCCACAGGAUAAAAACCUCACAGCCUCUAUCAGUGUGAAGACUGCUCCCUCCACCCAUUGCACAGUGCAGCGAGGAAAUGAACACCCUGAGUUGCUGUCCAAUGCAGUAAUGGCGGAUCACCAGACCAAUUUUGCUAUAGAAAUGCUCAGCCUCUCUCAGGAUCAGCAGGACGCAACUCACAUCUGGUUCGAUGAUUCCAGCUGGCAGGAGCACAGUCCCUCACUAAGGCCACUUGGUCUUAGCAUCCUGCUUGGUCUUUGCGAUUCUACUUCAGCAGCCAGAGUAUUCCAGAUGACUGAUCACCUUUCCCACAUAGCUUUGAAGAAGAGCCGAUGGAGCUGUUUGCCUGUUCAAAUAUCAGGGGGGCUAUGUGAACUACCGAGGAUCAUUGGCUUCACCUCCUCUGCAAGGAACCUCUUCCAUAAGCAAACGUACACUGCUGCGUACACGUCAACCGCAAUGACUAACACACAGGAAGCAUCACCAUGGGAACCAUCAUUCAUCACCAAAAGAAAGCUGCCUCUGAGUCAUAUGAUAAACCUGCUUGUGCACACUUCUAACUCAGAAGAAAUGCAGCUAUUCUCCUAUGGGUCUGCUGACACAAUCUUAGAUGCUUGCAGUGAAUUCUGGGAUGGAAAUGAUAUUUGUCCACUUUCUCAGUACUCCAGAAAGAAAAUCUUCGAUUUUUAUCAACGUGCCUGUCUGACAGGAGAGUGCAUUGCCUUAUCUUAUAAGCCAGUGUUCCAUACCUUGCAGUCCAGUGAUGAUGAGACGUGUCCUCAAGUAUCAUUGAAAACUAAAAGCUACAGCCAAGCAGAUACCUCAGCAGCACUGGACCUGGAAGAAUUAACUUUUGAUCAGGAAGAUAAUUUGCACCCUCUUGACAAUCAGAUCUUACUUGGUCUCAUAUCUUCCCAAUACCAAGCCAGACUAGACAUGGUCCAUCUGAUAGAUGGCUUAGAUAACACCUGUAUCCGAUUUGUUUACUUUUCCUUGGAAAAUGAGUUAAAAAGCAAGUCCAAAGUAGAGAAGCGUAUUUCAAGCAAGUCGGAAGUGAACCAUGAACACGCAGUGAGGAAUUCAAGUUAUGUGUCACCCAAUUGGUUUGACGAAUAUGGGAAUGCUCUUAUGCUGGCUCAGAAGAUUGUAGCUUUUUUCAUUCUUCUACAUGGAUUGUGUACAUCUAUGAGUCAUGUUCAUCGAUCCAAUCCAUUAUGGAAACAGAGUCCACUAAGUAACCGAUGGUGGUGUGCUGCUGUCAUUAUUGCGUUUCUUCUUCAUAUGAUUCAAAUAAAUGUAGCCUACCACAUGUGGGAUAAUAAAUCUUCACAUCUUGUUUUUCACAUCUUGGACAUUCCAACAGCAACUUGGCUCCUUGGUUUCCUCUGGCUGUUCCCACUGAUGGUUAUUAAUGAAUUUCUUAAACUUCAUGAAAUUAGAAUGCGAGUGCAUUAUCAAAAGAAACAGAAGUUACAGUUUGAUACCAAGCUUGGAAUGAAUUCUCCAUUCUGAGAGAAAUUGGGAAUAACUCACUUUCUACAUUUAAAAAAAGAAUAAUCUUCAUGCUUUUAGAACUGAGAAUUAACACGUCCUUCAGAUAUAACCUGAGGAAGUUAGACCUUUAUUCUACUCUUAACCAAAUGUUGAAAAAGAAUGUAGUAAAAUA